CGCGGCCGUGCCUGCGCACGGUGGCGUGAGAAGCGCUGGUUAUGUGCGCCGUGUCAUAUCCGUGUUGACUUUUUAUAGCCGUUCAUAGUGGAACAGGAGAACGAGAAGAAUUCUACCUUUUUUGGUGCAGUGUGCUGUCACACAGAUCCAACCAUGCCUGCAGAUGGAAAAAGUGAUAUGGAGAGGAUUGGCCUCUUCAGUGAAAUGGGUUAUAUUACCAUUGGAGAUAGAUAUGUAUCACAUUAUAUGCGCCCUUUUAAUGAAGCUGCAAGCAAGAACAGACAGAUGUUACCUGGGGGGACCAAAACAUUGUCAGCUCUUCAGGCAGGUUAUUUUGAGCCUCAGUUUGUGAGGAUUUUCGAUGGUGAAGCCUACUCAAAUCCUGUUCAGCUAAGGAGGCGCUAUAGAUUGGCAGAAUCAAAGAAAAAUUUGGGCAGAGCUUUCCUUCCCAGUAAUGGAGACAAAUUGCCAUGUGGACUGGGCAGCUAUUAUGGAACCAUAGGAGGUCCGUAUGCAUACUUCAGUGCGCAACUGAAAGCCAAAGAAAAAUAUACUGCUCCUGGAAAGAAUUUUUAUACUAAUCCAGGAAAGAAAGGAACUGGAUAUGGAUAUGUAAACGUUACCAUAGGUGAACAAUAUCCUCAUGCACCUGAAGUGUAUGAAGCAGGAAGAAUAGAUGCAAAGAAAGCACGAGAGGAACAUCGGCGUUUGGUUAAAGGAGGGCCUUUCAAGUUAAAUCUCUAUCCACGGGAGUAUUUUGACAUGAAUCCCUAUUUUAGUGACCAACCUUUGCCACCAGUGAAGAAACAACCUCCAGAGAAGAAAAUUGCACCUCCUUUUAAACCAAGUUCUCCUGCUAAAAAGCCAGGGGGCAUGAAGGGAGGCACAUUUGAUCCUUAUCCAAGCCAUUCUGCUGACCCCUAUGUAAUUAAAAAAUCUAAAGCAGUCACAACUAAUAAAGGCGGACAGAUUUUUCAUCCUCCUCCUGGACCAAAAAGCAGACCUAUUACAAGCAUAAUGACUUUAAAUGUCACAAGAUCAUUAAAUGUAAUGAAUUACAAGACUGUACGCCUGACAUCAAACUAGGUACAAACAGUGAAAUAAAGGCUACACUUUUUAGACUCUGUAAACUCUUAAUAUGAUUGCUAGUCAGCAUUUGAAACAAAUAAAAAAAAAAAUUGGAAAAGUGAAAUUCAGGCAUCUAGGGCAAUUCAGUCUGUUUAAUUUUUGAGAAUAGUCUUUUGUUUGUAGAUCUAAAUCUAAAAUAAAUAAUUUAAAAUUAUGUAUUAAGUCCAAGGUUAUAUUUUUAUAUAAGUUAAGCUAUUUUUGCAUCUUAUAGCUUAACAGGGUUUCUGAAAUAUAUUUUUACAAAACCUUAUAAUGUGUAAUUUAGUUUUUAAAGUUACUACAUAUUUCAGUGGAGGAAAGAGCACAUCUAUUAAAGUGAGCAUCAAUAUAUAUAUUAACCAAAUAAGUUACAUGUUGCCCAUAGUGAAACUAAAGUCACUCCUUCCCUUUGGAAGAAAUAAAACUUGAUGUUUGUCUCAACCCUAUUGCAUCUAUGUUUGUGUAAUAACUGUCUUAAGAAAUAUCUUUUAGUUAUGAUGAGCUUUUCAAAAUGACCACUACCAAGCACUGUUCAAAAUCUGACCACAAGCAGUCCUUUAUGAUGGGAGUAAUCUCUAUUUACCAGCAUCUAUUUAGCAGUCCUCCUGACAACUGUAAGUGCUGCCAUAUUCCCCAACAGCAGCUAAACUUCACUUUGUGUACAUGGAAGGAGCCUAACAAUCUCAACUCUCUUUCAAAAUAGCUUCUUUCUAGAUGGAACUGCAACCCCAAACAUACACCUUACCUACAUCGUAGUUAUUUUUGUCAGGCUUUGUAUGAGGUCCAAGAAAUUUCUUCUUAUGAAUCAGAGCUAAUUUAUUAAAAACAUUCAAAAAUACUCAGCAUCUACGUGUCCAAGUUAUUACAGGAAGGCAACAUUUCUGUAUUCACUUUUAUUAAGGAUUUAUCUCACCACUGUAGAGUAUUCUUGGAGUAAUAGUUGUUAAAGAAACCCCAUACUGGAUUUCACAAUCCCUGGAAUCAGUGAAAAUCCUUUUUUUGUUUGUUUGUGUGCUUAAUAAAAGGCCAGGUCUUCCAGUACUUAUUCAGGCAUAAAUCCCCUUACUCUGAGAUAACGGGACCCAGCAAUAUUUUAAAUAUUAA